UCAGAGAACAGCUUGAAAUAGAAAGAAGCAGAGACAAUAGAAGAAAGUCGUCCACCGUUGACCACUUGAGAUGAAGGUGGAGGUUUUCAAUGCAUUAGAAGCAGUGAAGCAACGAAGAGAGCAUUGCACUUGCAGUGGGAGAGACGGCCAAAGGCGUGAAAUCACCUAUAAAGUAAGAAGUUCGGGAAGGAAUCAGGGGGAUUGAGGGCGAUAUUGACAAGGAAGCUUUUAAGGUUUUGUUCGGGAAGAAUCAGGUCUCGGGAAGAGAAGGCUCUUUCAGAGACGGCUGAGUGCGAUUGGAAGGAAAGAAGAGCUGCUUGAGAGCAGAGGAGUCAAAAAAUCAGAGGGAAGCUUUUGAGAUUUUUAGGGUUAGCCAAGAGUGAAAUAAAAGCAGACUUUUUUCGGGGGAAGGAGUGGGCUUUCGAUUUCAAGAGAUAUCAGAGAAGAGGAAACCAAAACCAAAGUGACUUUUAUGGACCUGCUUUAACGCCUUCUGUGGUUGAGGCCAAGGUCAAUCCAGUUGGUAUAAACAGAGCAGCAAUAUUAGGACAACUUUACAAAAGCAAAGAUGGAGAAGAUAUCAGCAGCCUGUGCCAUGGAAUGGAGCAUUGAGCUUGAGAAGGCGCUUCGAUCGAAAACACAUGGUCGAGCUGUGGAAGCCAUAACCCAGAUUGGGCCAAGGCUUCAACAGUGGACUAGAGAAUCAGAACCUACAGUAGCUGUUCACAGCAUGUUUGGACUAAUUCUGGGGGAGGAUAGGCUCUUUGCCAACACCAUCCUUUUAAGGCUUGCUGAUGCUUUUCAGUUUGGUGAUUUGCAUGUUAGGCUCGCAGUGGUCAAGCUUUUCUUGUCCGAGCUUAGGCAACGACGAAAGAUGAAAAGAAGUAAAAGGCUUAAAGGGAUUUUGUCAAAAGGCAGGUUGCAUAACCACUUGGAGCUUCUGACCAGAGUAAAGACUGUUUAUGAUAAUGGGGAUGUGGAGUCAAGGAUGAUGGCUUUGGUCCUCUUUGGUUGUUGGGCUGAGUUUGCCAUGGACUGUGCUCAGAUACGGUACUUGAUUCUUUCCAGUCUGAUCUCCACUCAUGCUUUGGAGGUAAAAGCAUCAUUAUUUGCUGCUGGGUGCUUCGCUGAGUUAGCUGAUGACUUUGCAUCUGUUCUGUUGGAGAUGCUGGUCACAAUGCUGACUUCACCAGAAACAAUGUCAACUAUAAAGUUAAGUGGUGUCCGGGUUUUUGCAAAAAUGACAUGUACACAUUCAGUUAUUUAUACAGCUUACAAGAAAGGUUUGAAGUUGGUGUCAGAAUCUUUAGAAGAUGACCUCUUGAUUGCAUUGCUGGUCUCGCUCUCAAAACUUGCCUCCAAGUUAACACUUCUUGCCUCUGAGCAGAUAGACUUGCUUCUGUUGUUUCUUGCUCAAGGCAAGACUUCCCAUAUACAAGCGGUAGCAUUAAGGUGCCUCCAUUUUAUUGUCAUAAAAGGAAUGUGUUACCCUCCGGCCAGUGAGCAUGUCACCAGAACAUUAAUUAGCAUGCUAGUUAAACCUGAACUUCCACUAGUCAUGCAAUUUGAUGCUCUAGAGAUUUUGGAAAAGAUUCUUUCAUAUAAAUUAUGUCCUGUCGACAUGUUGGGAUUUGCUCAGCUGUUAACCAUUGUUGAGAAAGCACCCCAGUGCUCAACUAUAUCAAAGAACCCCAGAGCCAUUCGUGCUCUGGCAAAUGUUGCGAUAAAAAUAUUAGAAGCAAGAGAAAUAAGACAUGCAGAGGUUUCGUCCUCACCUCUGCUGUUGCAAAUUAUCACACUAAUUAUAGAUGGGAUCAGCUUUCUGGGGCAAUCAACUGCUAAUCUCUGUCAGAAUCACUUUGGAGAGUUUCAAGAAGUCCAAAGCCUCCUCAAUCUUCUUCUUCUGAUAAUUGGAGAACAUUCAGAUCUUGGAGUUUUGGUGCUAGAUAAAGUUAGUUUAUUGCUUGAAAAUUUUGUGAACAUGCAGAGUAGAACGACUAAUAGGCAACCUGCUCCUUUGAUUCAUCAGAUGAAUGAGAAAGGAAAAGGGGCUUCUAUCAUUAGGUCAAAGCUUAUUCUUUAUAUAAAUAGAUUUUUGGUGGUAUGCCUUGAAACUCUCAAUUUAUCUGGUGCACCCACUUCCCAAGUGUUUGAUAAAGUGAAGCUUGUGGUUGAACGAGUACGUGGAUGUGAUUCUUAUGCAGAACUAUUGUACUCUAUGCUGCUACAUUCUCCAGUCAUUUGGAGUAUUACUGUAAAUGAGGAAAGGAAAACUUGCAACUUUGACGAAACCUCGGGCACUUGUCUCCUUAAUUAUUCAUCAGAGCAUGAAAUAUUUACACUUGAAUGUGCAAAGAAGAUGUUGAUGGAGAAAAAUUACUGGCUCGCUUACAGAGCUGGGAUACAUGCAGCUGGGCAAGGAGGAUGGGUUACAGCAGCUUUUAUUUUUGGGCAGCUGAGAAUAAAAGUUCAAUCUGAUUCCUGUAUUUGCUGGUUAAAAUCAUUGGCUGAAUUCACUCUUUCUGAGGGAGAAAUCCAGCUUCUUCUCUUGCCAAAGGGAAGUUCCAUAUUAGUGGAUUGGUUGAAGAAAAAUCAAUCACCUAAAACUCCUUUCCAAGAUGUUGCUGCAAAUAAUGAAGGUAAUUAUGGUAAAGUUUUUCUUGGGGCAUUCCACCUUUUAUGCUCUUCGAAGGAAAUAUUGGAAAGCAUUGACGCAUCACGGACAACUUUUUAUUUCCAAAUAUGGUUUUUGGCUGUAAGGACGAGGGUUAUAGGAACCAUAGUGGAUUUGCUUGAAGUCCUACGCAUGUACAACCCUAGCAAUCUGAGGAAGAAUGGAGAUCUAGAGAAAAGUAAGUUGAUACAGUGCAAUUCUCUGCAACAAAUUACUCAAAUAUCAAUUUCGCUGAAGACACUGGCACAGGAUCUUGAUCUGAUAGCGACCUCUUUUAUUGACAUGGACGAACAUAGUUUGAAAAUUAUUGCAGCAUUUGCACUAAGCUGUUCCAUCUUGGCCUUUACCGCUGGAUUUGCUCUUUCCAUUCCAAAGUUACAUAAUGUCCAGAAUGGUCUAGAGAGUUCACAGAAUAACUUGCAGUCACUGUUAGUACAAAAUCUAGUCAGGCGGUUGUGGCAGAUAGACCCUGAGAUCAGCCAAAAGCUAUACCAGCUUUUAGAGGCUCAUGGACAGCCAAAGAGCUGUUUCCACAUAAGGUCUAGAAAUCAAAUACUGAGCAUCGGUGGUGAAGUGAGGGAUAUUUUGUCUCUUUGUAAUUAUGCUGUUUCUGGGAUUGCUCGCAUGCAAAAUGAAGUCAGUGAAGUGCAUGUGGAAGAUACUUUAUCCAACAGCACUAAAGAUGGUUUGCAUCUUAUGAUGGAUGUUAUUAUGAAAUGGAUUCACAUUCCUUUCCAAAUUCCGAAGCGGUUCUUCAGAGUAAGGCCUUGCAUUGGUUCAGAGCUCUAUGCUUUUGAUGCGGACACCAGAAACUCAAAUGGGUUAUUUGUCAUCUCAGGUUUCCACCUAUCACUUAAUCUUUGUCUUCAGCUAAGAAACAUUCCAUCAGAAGUCUCAUCGAAAGUCACCAAGUUGUACUGCAUCCUCUACUCUAAACCAUCCUUUAGAAUAUCCAGAGAAGACGGCAAAACCAAGGAGCGAACUAAAAUGGUUUGCUCAGCUUGGGAAGAUGAUGAAAUUGUUGAAAUGAACGAGAAAUUGUUUCAUUACGUUACAGGGCAAGAAAAGAAAAUGAAUGACAGCAGCAAUGCCAUUGGAGUCACAUACGCCUAUGUGUGUUUUGAAGCAAGUGAGAGAGGUCAAGGAUUUUCAAAUUGCCUGCUUGAUGUUUCUUGUUUUCCAGUGGGUUCUUAUCAGAUCAAAUGGCAUAGCUGUUGCAUUGAUAGGCAGGGCUCUUAUUGGACUCUUAUUUCACUAAAUUCUGGACCUAUAUUUUCUGUACGUAAAUAAAUAAUACCUGUUUGUAUAGAAUAUAUGAGUAUUUUAUUAAUGUCCAUUGCUGGGUUUUGGAUAAAA